UCAGAUCAGUUCCAUCCGGAACUCUAUCCACCAACAAGAGGGCCUACUCCGGCUGCUUCGUUAGCUGAAUGGCAGGCAGGACUUGACGUUGUCCCCGUCCAGCUUCAAUUGAGGCCUGGGCAAUUGACAAGUACAUCGAAGCCAGUGUUAUUGAAAGGGCGCUCUGGAAGUCCGAAGCUAAUUACUUCUGAUGCGAACAAUGACAAAAAGUUCAGGUUUUUAUCCCAGAUAACGAGACCAGAUUAUCGGGCAGUUGAAGAGAGAGAGGAUUGUGAGGAAAUCACAAAGCUGAUUGAACUUACGCAUAGAAUCCAUGAGGGAAGACGAAGUAACAGGUAUAGAUAUUUUCUAGCCAGUUAA